CAAGAGUGAAAACUCUCACAUGCUCCGUCCCGAUUCAACAACCUGAGUGGGGCAAGAGGACACCUUGAAACUAUGAUUCUGGAGGAAUAAAGACUAAGCAAAGCGUAACCUGCCGAGUUUACUUUGCAAGGAAUAUUUAUUGCCAUAGAACAGACUCGGGAAACGAAACGAAUUGUCCUCGCCAUGGAUCCAGAACGACAGAAGCGCAAAGAGGAAAUCCAGAGAGCCUUGGCAUUCAUCCAGUCGUCUUUACCUUUCCCUGAGCCUGAGGGUUAUGAGACGUUUCUGACUCAGUUGGUGUGUAAUUUGCUGGACGAAGGAAACACAGUGUUUCGUGAAGGGGAGUGGAGACAGGCAGUAGCAAACUACAAUGAGGGAGUGAACGUAGCACGUUACGCCCAAUCAGAAGCACUGGUUAUUCCAGCAGGGCUGCUGGAGAGCCUCUACGUGAACAGGGCUGCUGCUUACUAUAAUCUUGGGGAGUACGAGCGAGGGGUGCAGGACUGCGACAGCGCGCUGUGCGUGUCUGAGGGCAGUCGCAGGGCUCUUUACAGGAAGGCGCUGUGUCUUCGGGACCUGGGCCGGCUCAGAGAAGCCUACGAGUGUGGCACUGGAUGCCUCCUCACUGCUCCUCACGACAGACAGGUGAGCGAACUGGCUCAGGACCUGGCUAACAGACUUGGGUUGAAAAACCGCAAAGCCUACAUCAGCCCUCAGGUGGAGUCCACAGCGCCGGGGGCAGACAGCAAUGGUGAAUCUAGUCAAUCAGGAGAGACAUCUUCCAAUGGAUUAGAGUCUUUGCCUGGAUUAGAGUCUUUGCCUGAAAUCGGAUCAGACAUGUCAAGCGCUCAGUGUAUCCCCGCCCCGUUGGCCACACCCAUCCCGGUGAGCGACGACCACGUUCUGCCUCCGCUCAACUCCGUUCCGCAGGAGCUCCCAGAGAGCCCGGGCCAGGGGCCCACGGGUCGGGUCCAGUACUCCGUCCCCGUGUCGGAGCACAUGGGAGAGGACAUGGACAGCCUUCUGGACUGCCUUCCUAAGGGUGCCGAGGUUAGCGUGAACCCAGUUCAGGGAGCUAUUCCCACUAAUCUCCCCAACACGGCUGUGGGUUUACGGCCUCCCUAUUCGCCCGGCCUCUCCACCUCUUCACCCCAGCUCACCCCUACCUUCUUCAGCUCCACGGUCAGUUCCCUAAACCCACUGGACUCCUUCCCAGGGCUGGGCCAGAGUGAGACCCAGGCCAUGGAUGCCCUCAGCCCCUUCAACUCGGAGUCUGGAGCCGGAGACUCGGCAGGCAAAGGCAGCGCCGGGUCUCUGGUCUCAGGAGGGCUGGAUUCUCUUUCUGAAUACACCCUCCCUGGAGGAAGAGUCUCUCACAGCUUCAUCCCUGGAUUGCGCAACCACGGCUCCGCCCACACAAACGGACCCGCUGGUACCAACCUCUCUCUGUUGUCACGGAAUCCUCUGGCCGCGACCCACGAGUUCCGACAGGCCUGUCACGCCUGCUACAGUCGUAUCGGCCCACGGGUGAUGGAUUACCAGUACCAGCCUGAUGCAGCUCACCGCUGUAAGAGAGACGUGCUGCUCUGUCGUAUCAAAGGCUCCGAAGACCCCACCUGGAAGAGGAUACGGCCGCGCCCUGCCCGCAACAACUUCCUGGGCGCAUUUGUUCUCUGCAAAGAGGUGCAAGAACGCCAGGAAUGCCAGUAUGGAGAGAACUGCACCUUUGCCUACUGCCAGGAGGAAAUCGACGUUUGGACCCAGGAGAGGAAGGGGGCGCUGAGCCGAGAGCUGCUCUUCGACCCGCUGGGUACCAACGAGAGGCGGGCACUGAGUGUGACCCGCCUACUGCAGCUUCAUAUGGGCAUGUUUAUGUUCCUCUGUGAGGAAUGUUUUGACAGUAAGCCUCGCAUUAUAAGCAAGCGCAGCAAAGAGAACUUAGCCGUGUGUUCCAACCUCACUGCUCGACAUCCCUUUGACGAUAACAAGUGCCUGGUGCACGUGGUCCGCUCCGCCAACGUGCGCUAUAGUAAGAUUCGGCCCCUCCACCCGCUCUGCCAGUUUGACGUGUGUCGUCACGAGGUGAGGUACGGCUGUCAACGUGAAGACAGCUGCUCUUUCGCCCACUCCGUCAUUGAACUCAAGUGCUGGGUACUGCAGCAAGAUACAGGUAUUACACAUGAAGAGAUGGUGCAGGAGUCUAAGAGGCACUGGCACAGACUGGAGCAGAAUGCACAGAGACAGAAGGCCAUGCAUGUGCCUCAUCAGCCCAGUAACAGCAGUCCCAGCACCCCUGGCGGUGGAGGUGGUGGAGGCGGGGGCGGGGGCAGUAGCGGUGGGGGCGGAGGAGGAGGAGGAGUCAGCAGCAUUGGCGGCGACAUGAGCGCAGGGUGUGGUCGAGGGCGGGGCCUGAACCUGAAGAUGAAAUUUGUGUGUGGCCAGUGCUGGAGGGAAGGCCAGGUCAACGAACCAGACAAGGCACUUAAAUACUGCACUGCCAAAGCCAAGCACAGUUGGACGAAGGAGCGUCGGGUGCUCUUGGUCAAAUCUCUUGAGAAGAAAAAAUGGGUGGUGGUUCGGCCGUUGCCUUUCUCCCGCACCUACCCCCAACAGUAUGACAUGUGUGUUCAUGUCAUGAAGCAGAAGAAGUGCCAUUACAUUGGGAACUGCUCUUUUGCUCACAGUUUAGAAGAGAGGGAUGUGUGGACCUACAUGAAGAACAACAGUUUAAGAGACAUGCAGCAGAUGUAUGACAUGUGGUUGGCGUUGACCAAUCAGAACCGUCGCUCAGAUGGUACACUGAUGACUCCGCCUCCUGAGGAAAAGCAAAUUACCAUGCCAACUGACUAUGCAGAGUCAAUGGGUGGACGGCGAAUGUCUGGAGAAGGGGAUUUGUGACCGUUGCUAACGUGCGGAGUUGCUGGCCAAAUUAGUGGUGGAGAUGAGACUUUGAGGCAAGAAGAACCAGCUACGCCCACAAACAGUUUGUAUGCCCCCCCCCCCUCCCCUCCCCUCCCUCCGAACUCCCUCAGCGCAAACGCGCGGAGCACUGCGUACUCCUUCAGAGCAGCGUCGGACAGCCUGACUGUAAGACUAGCAGAGUGACUGAUGCCGUCACACAUAACAUACACACGUACAAACAAACAGGCCUACACACACACAUAUGCAUUUUCUCUCAUUCAUACAUACACAUUCUUCACUUGUGUGUCACUCUAACACAUGAGAGUGUACCCGUAUGUGAAAAUGCCGUUAAUCUGACAUCUCAUUUUUGGUCAAGUGGCAGGUGACUUUUUGACCCCUAUCCCCACCCCAACUCUCCCCCUGUGCUCCUGUCUCUCACCCUGUGGAGAAGGUGUGCUGUGUGGUGGGCUUUUCGUUGGGGUCCAGACAUUGCCAUCGCGAAGAAAAAAAAAAUGAGAUUUUUGAUUAAGUUUGAGAGAGAGAGGGGUCUUAUUUUGCCUUUCUGCAGUCAGGAGCGUCUUCAGAUAAAUGGCUAGUUUUUUUUUUUUUCUUUUUUCUUUUUUUUUUGAAGGAAUUACAAGUCCGUUGUCCCCGCUCCCCAAAUUUUCUUAUACAAGUAGUGCUUUAUUGAAUAUGCCUGCCAUAUUGGCAGAGGAGUGUGAAUGUAUAGCCAGCCAGGCCACUUUUUGAAAGGUAAAAAAAAAAAAAGAAAAAGAAAAUUGUUAGAGAUGGCAGAAUGUAUUUGGCACACCAAGUAAAAAAACAAACAAACAAACAAACUUAAAUAUUUGGGACCCC